AUGGGCUUAACCCUAUUGACCACAACUAAUGCUCAGCAAGCCGGAACAACCACAGUGACUGUCACUGAUAGCCAACCCGCUCACUACGCUGGAAUCUGGGGAGAUUGGUUUCAUGCGGGUGGUAAAAAGACCACAAAGACAACGACUACUCAGCCACCAAAGACGACGAAAACGACCAAGACUGCGAAGACGCGUAUUUCAACUACGACCACGUCGGUUACAGCAUCAUCUACUCCCGUAUCAACCUCCACUACAAGCGGCAAUCCAUCUAUGUCAAUUAGCAGUCUCACUAGCUCCUCAUCGAUGACCACCAUUAUAAUCAAUCCAACGGCACCAACUACUACCGUGGCUGCCACCACAUCAACUACUUCUGGGGUUCCCGAGUCAACUUCCACAUCGACCACUAUCAAAACUUGGACAGGAACAUGGACUUGGAGCGGCUCAAGGCGACCAUCCGUCAGCACAACCACUAAUAGCCCAGUUGAUACCUCUUCAACAUUGUCCACAUCAACAGUAUCUGUGAAGCCAAGUACGUCCACUAGCACGACAACAUCUGUUGAAAAGAAUCACGUCACUCCAAGUACUACUGCCAGCACUGGUACGACUAGUGUGUCGCCUCCAGCCACUUCAAGCACUACAUCUGUCACCACAGCAUCUACCUCACCAGUCGGGCCGCCUGAUAGAUGGGGUACAAGCUCCAAGUCUUGGGACAGAAGCAGACCUUGGAGUAGACGGUCAAGCUCAAGUACUUUCUACACGACCACUCCAGACGUCGAGUCUUCUACUUCCUCCUCCAUUUCCUCUACCUCCUCCCCAACCACUACCCCAAUUGAUACCACGUCCACGGUAACCGAUUCUGCGACCUCAACUUCGACUGGAACGGCUUCCACCACGGAUACGAGCGGCACAGAUUCUAGCACAAGCGCCACAAAUACGACUAGAACCGGUGAUGCUUACACUCCAACCACCACUUCGAGUGUUUCAAAUACCUCUUCAACCAGCCAGAGUUCCAUUUCUACCUCGUCAACCACCCAGAGCUCCAUUUCUACCUCGUCAGCCAGCCAAAGCUCUGUUUCAACAAUUUCAACUUCCUCUUGGUCAGGCACCUCCAGCGUCAGUUACAGCACUAGUACCACAACCUCAAAUAAUACCUCGCCCAGCACCUCUAGUGUUAGCUCUAGCACUGAUUCUACAAGCUCAAGCGGCACCUCCACUGCCAUUCCGACCAUCACAUCUGGCACCACUUCCAGUGCGUCUACAUCCGGUUCAACCAGCUCAUCUUCAAGCUCGACUUGCAGCUGCCCAGUUCCUUCUUGGAGCUGUCCAGCCGGAACUGACACCACUGUUACCGUAAUUGAUGUCACUUAUUCGAGCUGCCCAACCGCGGGAGUCGCAACCUCUACCAUCACAUACACAGUGACCGCCUCGACCGUGACAGUUCCUGGUGAGACUGUUACACUGCCAGGAUACACAAUCACCGCCCCAACCACGGUCACGGCCACCAAGCCCGCCCGAACGACCACUAAAACCAUUACUAUCACUGUUCCUCCUCGGGGUCAUUACCCUCACAGAGGAUGGGGUUGGUAG